AGUCAUGUGACGGAAAACCUGUAAUGGCGGACGAUGGCACUGCUACAGAAGAUAUUACCUAGUAAAAACAGAUGUAGCGCCUUUGAACGAUGGACUUCGUCAGACACGAACACAGAGUACGUCUGUACUACCAACCUCCACACCAAGGGUCAACAGAUGUGUAUAACAAUCACAUGUGUUUUGAUUGUCAAAAAAUGUGGAAGACACCAAAAUUUGACCCAGACCAGAUUCGUUUGGUGAUUUAUGCAGAUAAUGAAAGAGAUAGAACCUUACUAUUUGACUCGAAGGCUGUCAAAAGGAAUGUUGAGCCUCAGCCGAAAUGUUAUCAUGGGCUGAGAAAAUUUGUCACACCAAAAACAAAGUUAUGUGGACCCAGCGAACAGAUAUGUGGAGGAAGACAGUCAUCCAAGUUCCAUUUCACAAAGCCAGGAUCAGAUGUGCAGAGCUUGGAGGAGAUCAUGUUUGGCAGUGUCGGAAUGGCAUAUACAGGGUCCUCCCUCAAAGUCCAUUUGACUAAGUCUCCUCCCCAAAUGAUGCUGACUAAAGUAUUUGUACCUGAAGCAACCAAAAGAGAAUCACUGGGAAGUGAACUAGAUUCGGAUUCACUCAGCCUACAAAGCCAUUCUGAUCCUUCUGAACCUAAACCUAUAUCCUGUUCUGAUAGAAAUGGAAGUUACCUAGCCGAAAGUGUUCCCAUGGAUGUUCCCUUGCCCUCUCAUUCCAAACGAGCCAACUUUGAUAUCAUAGAUGAAGACAGCGGUUUGGCAUCAUUAACCUCAAGUGGUAGUUUCCAUACCCCAUUCCCUUCUCCUGGAAGCAACGCAAGCAACAGCUAUAAUAGCCUGCAUCGUCGGUGGAUGAGGGUUCAGUAUACUUCCCUAGAGAGUGGGCUAAAGAAACGAGACUCACAGGACAAUUUAGUGGCACAUGAGCAGAGUUUCUCAUCUUGUACAACAUCUUCAACAAGCAAGAAACAGUCAAAAAUUGCCUUGGGGAUCUUGUUUGGACUGGAAGAAGACAAGGAUUGUCAGGGAGUCAACAGGUGUUUUGAGAAUUUCUUCUUCUCACACAUUACACUGUUUGAGGGCCACCUGGACAAACUGAAAGCUGGGGUGAGCCAUGCCUACUACAACAGAAAGAAGUUUGUCCACAUUGUCAUGGAGGCUUUGGACAACUUUCGGAGAGAUGUUCAGGACUUGUACACAACACCACGCCUGUCUGAACCUGUGUGGCUCAACAUGAUGUCUCACAGCAGCUACAGAUAUUCCAUAUGUGAAAAGUUCAUGAAGCAGUUUAUGUUCCUUGUCUCUAAAUAUGACAAUAAGAACACCAAUUUUUUUAUGAGUACACUGGUAACAGCAGUUCUCACUCAUCACCUGGCGUGGGUUCCGACAGUUACACCGGCAGGUGGUACAUCAAUCAGGACUUACCUACACAACCACACACCAAACUGGGUGGACACAUUUGCUAAAACUCAUCCCUACAAUCCUCUGUGGGCUCAACUUGGUGAUCUGUAUGGAGCUAUUGGAUUCCCUCUGAAGGUGGCAAGGACUGUGGUGGUGGGGAAGAAAGCUCACAUCGUGAAAAAAAUACUGUACAUUCUCACAUAUUUCAUCCGAUGCAGUGACGUUCAUGAAAACGAUGAGUUAGGAUCUUUAAAAUCAUGCCUCGAUGAUCUCAGUUUUGAGAUGGAAAGCUUAAGUGAUAAACAGGACAUUACUCCCAUCUUAGAAAAACAACCAGAUGCUUUUUUCCCUGUAAAAGAAGAACAUUCUGGAAGUUGGAUGAAGGAAGGGGAGACAAACAUAAGUAAAGAAAAAGAAGAAACAACUCAGAGCUCAUGUAAAACAAGUGAUAAAAGUCAUGGAAGAUCCCAUAGAGACAUGUUAGAAUGUUCGGGGGAGGGAGAAAAGAAAGUGAGCAAAUGUUCAUGUGAUGGAAAGGUGUGUCAGAAUCCAUGUGAUAAAUUAAAGUUAUUGUGUUCACCAAAAGGAUGUGUGCGCCAGAUCAGCGUGGAAAAAGAAUUGAGGAGGAUUAGUAAAGAAUAUGAAGAUAUUAUUCCAAAGACAAUAAAAAGUGUUCACGAUAAUGACCUCCACUUUCAUCUACCCGAUGACAGUUCAUUGACUGAUGAGGGUUACCAUUCAAUUCUUCCACCAGACCAUGGAUACUCGUCUCUUCCGAGGCCAUGCAGUCUGUCAGUGUCUCAAAUAGUGGAGGCUGUGCCAGUGGAAAAUGUGAAGAAUGUUUCAAGAUCUGUCGAGAUUCUCAAUAGUGACCUGAUAGAAAUCCCUACCCCUAACCCAGCGAAACCCCAGGCAUUUUCCCCGUCCAAUUCAUGUACUGUGUCAAGACUGACACAAAAACUUUUAGAAGAAAAGGAAUCCGUUUCCAAGAAGGAUUGGACCGACCUGCCUACUGCCAAAGUGACAGAUAUUAGGACUAGGUAUCUGAAAGAGGGAAGUAAUAGCAUGUUUGAUGAAUACUUUACAGAUCCCAGUAUUGAAACCAAAACCAUAGAUAAUCUAGAUGCUAAAGAUAGGAUUAUUAGUUACCCGUUAGUGAAGUCGGAGUCGAUCAGGAGUUCUACUGACAGUAUUAUAAAAGAACUGGCAGGAUGUGCUAACAGUCCCACAGCAGAACUACAAGGUACUCAUGAGAAUCGCCUUGGUUCAUUUGGUGGAGGAAUCCGUCCUCGUAUAUCGUCUUUUUCUCGGCAGUACAGUACAGACAGAAAUCAUAUAUCCGGCCGUCCCACUUCUCUUGCACCUGGAAGAUGCAGAUCUGUUACUCCCACUGAGCUCAGUAGACGGCGCCACCUAUCCUCCACAAGUAGUUAUGACAUAGAUUUAUCUGAUCCUACAUCAGGAUGUAAAGAGCUCGAUAUGCCUAAUUUCAGCGGUGAACUCAGCAGCAGCAGCAUCAAGGUAUUUGACCGUAACUUUGGGCGGUCAUUGAUGGCAGGCUACUCUGACCAUUACCUCUCUGACUUUGUUUUACAUGGCACGUCAGAAAACAGCUUUCACGAAAAACUACGUAGUGAUUUGGAGGUCGCUGUUCAGCAUUCUGUGUUGGACGAACCUAUUGGUGAAGCAGUUUGUAUCAUAGCUGAUACUGAUCAAUGGUGUGUCAAUGUAGCGAGUAGUAGGGAUGUGGACAAGCCCUUUGAACCUCUUACCAAGCCAGUAAUAGCGUCUCAGCUUGUGUGCAACCUCAUGGAAGGAGUCCUUCAACUUUGUAAACUAAAGAUGAGCUCAGAAUUUUGCCUGAUGCAUUUAGAAGAUAGGCUGCAGGAAAUUUUCUUCAAGAGCAAAAUGUUGGCAGAAUAUCUGAAGGAUGUAAAGAAAUGUAAUAUCAAAGAGCUCACACAGUUGUUAGGGUUUGAGCCAGGUGAUCUUCCGUUAUUGGUAGCUAUAGCAGGAACUCACUCUCCUCAUCUGUCAUUGGGAGUAAUCUAGAUCUAAGUGAGGGCUCGGGUAGAUGUCAACACUCUCAAUUCAAAGGACUAUCUGCUGAAGAUCUUGUCAACUUUCUUUAAUCAAGGCAGAACACUGCCAAAAGGAGACUUGUUAUCAGAGAAAUAUUAGAAGGUCUUACUCUACAAAUCUAGGUCCUUUCUGUGAAUUUAUGAAUUUAAAAAUAUGUAAUGAUAACUUUGUAGUGCAGUUCUUCAUAAAAUUGUAUCUUAUUAGAAAAUUUUUAUAAUACAUAUAAUAAUGUCAUCAUAUUUAAUUAGUAGAAUUUCAUAUCAAACUGGCUAGAUGCAUUUAGAUACACAGAAGAUUCUUAUUCAACCAGAAAACAAAUUGUUCCUUGUGGCUUUAAAAUGAUAUUUUCGGAAAGUUAAGAUAAUCAUAAAAUUUUAUCUUUGUUGCUUUUUUGCCAUGUAUAUAUCUACAUUCUUCGACUGAAUUACUUUAUCCUAGAUAUAAAUCAACUUACAUCUAUAGCAAUUUUCCUCAUACCAGUAAUAAUUUAUAUGCUAUACACACGUAACAUAUUUAUAAGCCCAACAUCAAGAGAUUGUCAGCUGUUCAAAUCUCCCUUCAUCUGUGGUCUGUAACCCAUCUACAAGCAAUCCUUAAGUUAUCGCUAUUUCUUGAGGAGAAAUAGAAAGAGCUUUCUCAAAUUUCACAUGUUGGUUCCUCUUGGUCUUUAGAGUUGUGCAUAUCGAAUUUUGAGAGAAAUGAGGGAAAGCAUUGGCCGAUUUGUGGCCAUUUUUAGUAUUUGACUAUUGAAGUUUGAUAUUACUGUUUCUGAGAAAGCCCUUUCUAAAAUUUCAUAUUAAGAGGAAAAGUGGAAAGAUGAGAAAUGUAGACAUAAUCUUGCAUAGAUCUGUUAACGAUCAUUCAAUGGUGGGCGCCAAGAUCCCUCUGGGAUUUCUGGUUUUAAUCAUUAGUUGUGUUUGUAUGUGUCGGUAUUGUCUAACUUAUCGGUUCAGUAUAUGGUUCAAACUUUAAUUCAGUUUUCCAUUGUAUUUGUAAUCAUGUUACAAUGUCAUUAAAUCACUAAAAAUGCUAUGACUGAAUCCAAACCCUACUGACACAUAAAAUAUAGUUUAUUUACUGAGGGAAAGAAUUGAAAUGAUCUCAAAUUGUAUAAUUGUAUUAUUAUAGUUAUUGUAUGUGUGCAGAUUGUGAUAUUUUGUAAUUGUAUGUGAUUGACUUAACUGAAAAGUUGGAAAAUCCAACAGCAUUACUAAUACAAUAUACUUGGGGGGAGGGGGGUUAUAUAUUUAAAAUUUAGUUUAAGCAGUUUUUAUACUGAAGCCCUAAAUAAAUUGUAUAUCUAUAUAGCUAUCAUUAAAAAAUUAUAGACAUAUGUAUAAUCAAAUUGAAAUAUGUAAGCUCUGGAAUGUAUUUUGGUCUUAUGACAUUUGUAUAAUCCCGGCUUAUCAAUAAUUUAAAGUUAUGACCAUCCUCAAUCUUGUACAUGUAUUUUGAUGUUAAUUUGACCAAGAUUAAUAAUUAUGAUCAACAGUUUGGCAAAGCAGUAAGUUGAUCAAGUAUGGUUACUUCUGCCUGUAGCUACUACUUUAGAUAUGAGGUGCUUGAUUUCAAGGAUUUUGGAUCGUGGAUGUUCAAUUCAAUUUAUUUCCAAAUGCAACAUAGCAUAUAGGAUUCCAAGAUACAUAUAUAUCACAAAACAAUUUAUGCAUACAAAAUGGCAGGAACACAGACAAAUUAAUUCUGACUACCAGUAAAACACAAUAAAACUUAUGUUUUAUGAAAUACAGGUUACCUGCUGUAAUAUGCUAAUUACACUCUGACUUUGUUGGCUUCAGCAGUGAAUGAAAAUUAGUGUACAUAAUGAGAAUAUCCCACGUGCCAAAACCAAGUUGAACACAUUUUUUGAUCGCACCAGAAACAAUUGAAAUUUAGAAGAGUAUAUGACACAAUCAGUGAAAUAUUUGUUUUGGAAGGAUGUUCCUCCAUCAUCUUUGAUCCUGCUCACAUCCCAUUAGCAGGAAGAUAUGAUGGCUUCCACCUAUAAUGACAUGGACUUGAAACUGAGCACAUCCCUGGAAUGCCCUGCUUUUAAUACAUUGGGGUUGGAUUCCCGACAGCCAUAGUCCCUUUUCAAAAAAAAAAAAUUCUUCUAAUUCAGUCAAACCUCAUCAUUCAGUUUUUAUGGUAAAAAUGAUGUAUGAUGGCAUAAUUCUCAAGUUUUUUUCAUGGCCCAAAUGACUUUGAGAUAACAAAGUUUGACUGUAUAUUAAUGCACUGAUGAUUUCCGAAGUACUUUUUAGAGCUCAAAUUUGACUUCAGUAAUAUAAGUAUGUUUAGUAUCGAGAGCUGUUAGGUUUGAUAUAAUGACAUAUCAUAUUUUUAUAUAUACUGUAUGAUUUAAUGACAUAUCCAGUGUAGUAAAGUGAUGCACGUCCAUUAGGAACUAUUAUCCCUAGUGUAAUGACUUAAUCAUAUUAGAAUAGCUGGACAGUGUAACUAGGCAGCUAUUUGCUAAUUACAUGAAAAUUACUACACCAGUUAAUUUAAGCUUUAUAUAUAUUACUGUGAUUCUUUAUGUAAACUAAGAAAACUUUUCUUCAUGCAGCAUUUUAUUCCUUUGAUACCAGUGUAAUGCUUACAUAUGUACCGGUAAUAUAUUUAGUAAUUAUGCUAUAUUGAAAUCAUGAGUUUAACCAUGUCUGAUGUGAAUGAUGUGUGUAGAUUUAACAUGUCCAUGGCCAGUAUUAUUUGUGUAAUGUAAUAAUGCUAUAUGUGUGUUUUUAAUUGUAACAGUUAAAUGUAUUUGAAUUGCUAUUUCAUCAGCAGUGCCUUGUUAGAUCACAAAGUAGAGGUGUGGUUAUCUAAUCACUCUUCGUCCGUAUUGAUCUUGCUACAUUUUAAAGUUCUUAAAAAUGGCAUAUAAGAUUUCAUGUUAUGUGUUUUGUUGGCUAAAAUUCCAAGAUGGCUUCCAAGGACUCUACUCAUUGGAAAAAAAUACUUUAGUUAGUUUCAUAAAGUUCUACCAAGAUUUAUACAAACUGUGCAAUGAUAAACUGAUUGUCAACCAAAUGGUGAUGUUUUAUUCCCCAUUAACUCUUAUUGAGUUCAAAAUCUGUUGGUUUCACUGUCAGUAUCCUCUACUUGGAGGAGACAACUCUAAACAAACAUACUACACCUGGCUCUAUCUAUGUUGUUAUUGGUAUGGCUAACUUAAAAUUCGACCAUAUUGAAUUAUUGUCGCUUGUUUAUUUGUUCACAAACUUGCAGGUAUAUUUGAAGACAUAAAUUGGUAAUUACAAAACAAUUCAACAUUUUAAAAGAAUUUUGGAAAUAUGAAUUUUUAAGACAGGUUAGGUUUGCUAUUAGCAUUUUAGAAAUAUGAAUUUAGAUUUUAGUAUAAGUAUAUUACUUAAGAUUGUUAGAAAUCAUUACAUGUCAUUACAUGAUUGUAGUAAAUACAACAAACUCUCUAACUCUAAUGUAAUGAAUGUUAUAAAGAUUAUAAUCCAUCAAUCAAUUCCUCAGUAUAUAACUAAGUCUGACAUUAUGCCACUUGCUUUGUUCCCGCUGUUUUAUUUACCUUUCUGAAACAAUGGGACAUUUAGCAUCAAUCAAUUAUUUAUAAUGGGUCAAUUUCUUAUUAAGCCCAUGUCAAUAUUUUUAUUUUUUUCGUGUCAAACCAGAAACUUUGACAUUAUUUGGUUAAUAGUGUUUGGGCAAAUGAAUUGCUGGUUGCAUGUAUAAAUGUAUAUGAACUGUAUUAUGUAUGAACACAAAGCAUAUUACUUGAUACUUCAGCUUUGAACUACAUGUACAUUCAUUGAGUAUGCACAUAUUAGAUAGUAAAAAGGUCCCACAGUUGAGUGGUAAUGGCAUAAUGUCGUGCACUAAUAACAAUUUUAAAUACUGUAGUGGAUACCUCAGGGACUUGAUAUCAAUUCCCUACCCAUAUAUAUUAUAUUAUACUGUAGAUUUGGAAUUUUUACCAUGUCCCUGUGGUAGAUACUUAGUAUAUUAAUGCUUUACAGAACAUAUGCUCAGCUCUUGUUUUAUAAUGUUACCAGUGACUGCAUGAAAUGUAUUCUGCCUUUGUGAAUCAUGCAUAUGUGAUUGCCAUAUAUGUGAGUGUGAAAGUGGUAUCUACAUACAAAAUGUAUAUACAUAUCUUACUUGGUUAAGAGUGUAUAUAAAAUAUGUAUCGGUGCUCCAGUAAAUAUUCUUUCUGUACCAUUUAGUUUGACAUUUCAUGAUUCAUGUGUAAUUUAUAAUAAAAAGUAUAAUUUCAUUUCCUGUUA